GGAGUUCUAUUCAGUAUGUUAACCAUAUUGUUCAUUAUCUGUGGCUUACCUUUGUGGGUAAUAGCAUCGAAUAACUCAGAGUUUUCCAAGUGCAAUCCACUAGAACAGUGCGAUGCUUAUUUUUCAGUGGCUGCGUUUGUCGAGGUGAACUGGUUUCAAGCUAACCAAAUAUGCAAUAGUGUUGGUGCCGUCCUAGCAACUGUUAGAAAUGAGGAACAUCAUCAGCUCAUGCUUGAGUAUGUAAAGAGGAAGGAUAAUAUUGGAAACAAGACUUUCUGGUUGGGCGCCACAAAUAUGGUAAAGCGAAGAUAUGUCUGGACCUGGCUGAGCACUGGCAUUCCCGUGACCUAUGCACAGUGGGGCAGAAAAGAGCCCAGGUCGGAUCGACGUGGAAAAGAUGCCUGCCUCCUCCUGGGAGCUGACAAUUCCUGGCACAGUGCUUCGUGUGAUGGGAAACACUAUUUCAUCUGUGAAAACGUUUGCCUGCUGAAUUAUACACCGUUAGACAAAAAAAUAUAUCUCUAGUACUCUAUCUUGAGAGGCAAAAAUAAAAAUUACAAUUGAAAAACAUUUCCAAUAAUAAGAUCUUAACAAAAUUCAAUCAAAAAAUUAAAGCAA